AUGAUUGAACUAGGGCUAGGUCGCAUAGCGCGGCUCGUUCAACAAACCCCGCUGACAUGGUCAGCCAUCCACAUCGCUGGCACCAACGGUAAAGGCUCCAUCAGUGCCUACCUCUCUCAUUUACUCUCCGCGGGUGGUGUCCGAUGCGGUCGCUUCACCUCGCCACACCUGAUUGACAAAUGGGACUGUAUCACCAUCGGGGAGCGAGUGGUUCAGGAGUCGCUGUUUCGAAAGAUCGAAUCUCAAGUCAAGCAGCGGGAUGAAAAGCUUGGGAUCGGUGCAUCCGAAUUCGAGCUCUUAACUGCCACUGCGUUUGAGAUCUUCAACCAUGAGCAGGUUGAAGUAGGAGUGGUGGAGGUGGGCAUGGGUGGACGUCUCGACGCUACCAAUGUGUUGAGUAAUGUCCUUGUCUCGGUCAUCGCCAAGAUUGGAAUGGAUCACCAGGCGUUCCUCGGAUCGACUAUGGAAGAGAUUGCUCGAGAGAAGGGCGGCAUCCUCAAACCGGGCGUGCCUUGUGUGAUUGACAACACCAACGAGCCGGGGGUGAUCCAGACGUUAUCCGGCCUUGUGCAAGAACUUGGGAUCGACGCAAACUUCGUCUCCCCCGACAAGGUCGAGGAGCAGAUCCCAGCGCUGGCCCAGCUCUUCAAGACCUGGGACCUGGAGCCUCACCAAGAAGAGAACAUGUGCUCUGCUGUAUCUGCAUUGCGUAUUGCAUUGGCGAGACUUCGUCCUCAGACAGAUGCAUCGUCCCUACUGUCUCGUCUUUCGGAAGUUCGAUGGCCAGGACGCUUGGAGAGCGUGGUUCUUCACCCUCUUAUUGCCCGCACGCAGCCUGUUCUUCUGGACGGCGCCCAUAAUCCGCAGUCUGCUGCCGUGCUCGGACGUUACGUCGAUCGGAAACUCCGUGCUCAUUCGCGAAACGUGACCUGGGUGAUUGCCGCUUCAAGCGGUAAAGACCUAGCGGGCGUGUUUUGCUCGAUCAUUCGUCCUGGUGACAAUGUGGCGACAGCCGAGUUCGGCCCGGUCGAUGGCAUGCCCUGGGUCACUCCCACUAAGGCUGCUGAUCUUGCCAAAACCAUUGAGUCAAUCCCGGAGAUCGGACAGGUGAAGAGCUUCCAAGGGGACCUGCUUCCUGCUAUUCAAUGGGCCAGCGAGAUAUCCCCGGAGGGGCCUGUGGUGAUUGCCGGCAGUCUGUAUCUUGUCUCAGAUAUCCAUCGCCUCCUUCGAGAUGCCCAGAAAUGA